AUGGCUCCAGCCCUCCCAGAAGCAGAGCCAAGCGAGCUCGACGGAGCAAGAUACAGACAACUAAACAAGAAGAGUCGCCAUCCCCCGGAACAUCCACGUCUAGGUCGUCUCGAUCACCCUCCCCGUCUUUCGAGUUCUAUGCGCCUCGUCGCCCUAAGCUCGCACAAUGGCGGUGUUGCGGCUGUCGGCGGCUUUGGCUCCUCGCCGUCCGGCAAUUUCAUCGACUACAGUGGGUGGAUCGAAUGGAGGGAGUGGGAAUGCUGGCUACUCUUCGUCAAGAACUUACGGGCGUCGGGCGACUACGAUUACGGGAUGAGGAUCACCCCGACAUCCAUCUUCGUACCAGAACGACGACUCGAGGAAGUCAGCCAGCAGCUGGAGAGCAUGGAGAGGGAGAGGCUUCUGCUGCUGAGGGACGGACGGCACAACUGCUUCACGGAUUGCUACGUGCCGUGGCAAUGCAAAGAGGUUCAGCGUAAAUUCGCCAGGCGCAGCUCGUCCCUGUCCAACAAGGAGAGGAGCCAGUCGCCGAGGCCUGCCAUGCCCGAUUCUCCCAAAUCGCCGCCGCCCUCGGAUGACGAGGAUGGCGAGGAUGUUGGGUGGAUUGAUGUUGGAGAUGAUAUAGAUGCGGGUUCGCCAGGAACAAAAGAUGAGGAUGCCGACUUGGGACGCCCUCGUCGGCGCUUGCCCUCUCCGCUCUUACCAUCAGAUGGGGCACCUGAAAUCUACGAGGACGAAGACGCUGCAGACGGGCCUGGGCUUGGAUCAGAUGAGGAGGUUACAAUAGAAUGA